UUCUUUUUAUAUAGUACUUAUUUUUUCUGUCUCUGUCCUUUGUCUCUUUUUGUCUUUCGAAAAAAUUCCAAAGAGGAUUUGCCAGCCAAAUAGGAAGUGAUUAUUAACGAGAGGAUGAACGAAAUAAUCGAUAUGCAGAUAUAAAAACAGGUAUAACAUUUUUAAUGAUUACUUUUUUAUACGUUCUUCAUAGAAUAAUAGAACAAGAAUAAAUAAUGGCUGUUUUAAAAACGCCGCCGUUAUAAUAGCGAGCUGCGUGCGCAACCACCGGUAUAAAAUGGCGUCGCAGCGGGAACAGAACAGUUCGUAGUGUCGCAGUUAUUAUCCUGAUUAUUCUUGUUAAAGUCGACGAAGUAUUUAUUCGUUAAUUUUAUUCGUUUACAUUUGCAUCAGUGAAAUAAACAUAAAUGGUUUUGCUUAAAGUAAUUAAACGAAAGGUGAGCAUAUUUAGGGAUUAGAGGUAUUUGUUCGAAGGGAAGUGAAAGAGUGGGGAAAGAGAAUGGGUAGAGGUAAAAGAGGGAAGGGACUAGAGUAAUACCAUUGCUCUUUCCAGUAGCCAUAACGUACUACUACGUUAACUGUGAGGAGUGGAUUGUAAAAGGAAGAGGAGUAGAGGUAGGGAGGUACAGUAUAGAGGAGGGGGAGUACUAGCCCGGUAGUGGUGUGUUUCUCGUGUCGCCAACGAACGUCUGGAAGUUGGCGUUUGUCCGUGAGCCAGCAAGGAGGAGGUCCGUAUUUACGUUUUUUAGUUAAUUCGUUUAUGUAUUUGUUCUUUCUUUCUUUCUUUCGUAUUUCGUUAAGAACGGGAACAGAAUUUAUGCACCGUGCGAAUGAAUAAGAACCGUUGGCGAAUAACAAGCUGGGAAUAUCCUCUGUAUAAUAAAUAUUCUGAACGUUUUGGUUGUAUGGUGGUUUUACGGGAAAUUCGAAGAGUGUGAGUGGUGUAUAGUUGGUGUAUGCAAUAGUGUGUUAGUGUAGCGACGGCGUGCAAGUGCCGUUGACGUUUCGUGUGUCAGUGUCCUCUCUGUUUCUCCUCUUUCUUUCUUCCUUUCAUUUCUUCUUUCUUUUUUUCUCUCCUCUCCUCUCCUUUCAUUCGGCGUCGUUUACCUUUACUUAAUUUUCUAUCCUUAUUUCUCUUAUACUUUCUUUAUUUCUUCUACAAAAACCCUAUUCGACUCUAUUUUCCUUUUUGGCGUGCAUCUGGAAGGGAUAGGACUACGGGAUAAUAAAAACAGAUAGAGAAAGGGAGAGUUAAAGUUUCUCUCUUAUUGCCAUGCCAAAUGACAGGUGCGAGGCGCUGUUGGAUAGAUUGUUUUCGUCGGUGUUUGGCAUCGUAGGGUACGUGAUCGUUCCCGCAUUUUUCGGAAAUUUUGCCGUCCUCGCAGAAUGACGAGAGCACGUAUAGCCUAUACGUUUAUUCGGAAGUGCGCCGAGGAAGAGGAUAAACAACAGCAAAGACGAAGACCACGACGAAGACCAGGAGGAGUACGGAUUCCCUCGCGUUAGCGAGAGGCUAUGAGCGCUGACAAUGGGGACGACUCCUUGAUCGUUCGGUGAUGAAAUAUACUCUCUCUAGAAGAUAAAGAUUACCAACAAUAAAAUUUAGGCCGAUAGCGAUGAUGAUACUUUGAACGUUUGAUAAUCACUUCCUCCUUACCUUCAUCUUUCUCGCUGUUUUUCGAAAGAGAGAAAGAAAGAGGGUGAAGGGGGAGGGAGUGGGCAGGGCAGAGGUAGGGAAAGAGGCCGUAAAUUUAGAGGUGUACGAAAAAUGAAAUGGGGGAAGGGGGUAAAUUUAAGGUGAUUAAAAAUUGAAGAAGGGUUAAUAGAAGAGGAAAGAGGAAGUGGGAGAAGAGGUGAACGGGGAAGGAGGGGAGGAAGAUACGUUCGAGAGAUAUUUGGACGUGGAUGCUGUGGCCCGUGUUGGGGGAUGAUGGGCUAAGCCCAACGUCGCCCCCACCGGCGACCAGUGUUAAGGGCGUCAACAAACUGGCACCCUUUCUUCUUUGUGCACCCUGCAAGCCGAGCCAAAGGAAGAAUCAAAGUUCAACGCAGUGGUACGUGCAGCAGCCCACGUGGCGCUUAUGGGGCGAGGAAAGGGGCGAUGGCGUCAUAUACACCGUCUAUUUGAAGAAAGUUCGUUAUCACAGACCUACGAGAAGCCUUUCCGCAUCGGAUUCGGAUGAUGAAAUCUCGCAUUUAGAAUGGGAGACUGUAAGAGUGCGAUUUUUAAAAGCGGGCACCGUUCAACGUCUCGUGGAGAGUUUAGCCAACGACGAUGGCGAACUCGAGUCGACCUACAUCAACGUAUUCCUUGCAACAUAUCGUGCUUUUACCACACCGCGAGAAGUGCUCGAACUGCUUCUCGCCAGGUACGAUGCGCUCGACGAAAGUACAGGUGCCCUCACCGGUGAACAACAUCGCAAAACCCUCAUUCAAGCGCUUCACGUUUGGCUCGACGCCUAUCCCGGUGAUUGGAAGACCCCACCGAAUCAUCCCUUACUCGCUAGGCUUCUCGAUUUUGCUCAUAGACGUUUACCUGGCUCGGAACUCGAGCUGAAGGCUAAGCAUCGUUUGCAUAGAUUCCAACGCGAGGAUAAAGUUGACUGCGUCGUGUACGACAAUGACCGAGUUCAUGGCAGUUCAAAUUCGAACGGUGAUCAAGGGACCAAUUAUACGUUCCCUGAAGUUCCUCAACGACACUUUGCCGAACAAUUGACUCGCAUGGAUGCCGAGGUUUUUAAAAAACUCGUUGCACAUCAAUGUUUAGGAGCAGUUUGGUCGAGAAGAGAUCGUUCGAGGAAUCACGAGGCAGCUACAGUUUUAGCAACAGUUAAUCAAUUCAACGCAGUAUCCUUACGCGUUAUCUCGACUAUUUUGAUAGAACCAACUAUGAAGUCGCAAGAUCGUGCGAGAAUUCUCGAGGCGUGGAUCGAUAUAGCACAGGAAUUAAGAGUCCUCAAGAAUUUCAGUAGCUUGAAGGCCAUUGUUUCCGGUCUACAAAGUAAUCCGGUUUACAGGCUAGAAAAAUCUUGGCAAUCUAUGCCAAGAGAAAAGCACGAACUUUUCCGUGAACUCGAAAGAAUAUUUUCCGAGGAGAAUAACGCAUGGACCCAACGUGAAUUGUUGAUCAAAGAAGGGACAGCUAAAUUUGCGGACACGGCAGGUAGAAGCGAUAGACAUCUUCAGAAAUUAUUUCAGAAGCAAAAUACUCACGCCGGAAACAUCAGUUACGGCACGAUACCGUACUUGGGCACGUUCCUGACGGAUCUCACAAUGAUCGACACUGCUAUCCCGGAUACGAUAGCGGACGGUCUGAUCAAUUUCGAUAAGAGACGAAAGGAGUUCGAGGUACUCGCAAGAAUAAGACUGCUUCAAGGAGCUGCGAACGCUUACAACUUUAGUAAGGAUCAAUCGUUCGAUCGUUGGUUCCAUUCCGUAGUGGUGUUGGAUGAUCGAGAGGCGUACAAAUUGAGCUGUCAAAUAGAACCUCCACCGCCCGGUAAUACCUUAAAUAAUCGGGGCAAAAAGAAACAGAAUCAUCAAGGUCAUCGGAAGAACGACUCGAUAGCGUCGACUUCUAGCUCGAGCAGUUCGCAAUUCUAUUGCGAUCUCGAUUCUUUACCAAGCUCGCCCCAUAAUUCCUUGGAUCGUCGUACAUCACCGUCGCAAAUGUCAAGUUCCUCGUCGAGUUCGUCUUUGCCAUCAUUGGACGUAUCCUUGAGCUCGGGUGGAGGUGGCGGGGGUGCGAACGCGACAAAUCGUUUGGCACCGCCGAGUGGAACUUCGUUGACAGCGAAUGGAAGUACACCGAACUUGGUUGGGCUCUCGAGUCCGAGUCAUUCCCACAAGAAUUCACCGGAUUUUUAUAUUAUCAAGGUUACCAUGGAGAGCGAGAACGUAGAGACGGACGGUGUGGUGCUUUACAAAUCCAUCAUGUUAUCUAACAACGAGAGGACUCCCCAAGUAAUAAGGAACGCUAUGCUUAAAUUAGGGAUCGAGGGUAGUCCCGAUCAAUAUACUCUCGCUCAAGUUUUACCCGAUCGCGAAAUGGUCUUACCCCAUUCGGCUAAUGUUUAUUACGCCGUCAACACCGCGCACAAUCUUAAUUUUAUUCUAAGACCUAAAAGAGACGUCAAUGAUUCUACUGCCACGGACAGUCCCAAAAGUAAAACAAGUCAUAAUCACAAACGGUAGUGUUGGCUACACGAGGAUCUUAUCCUCGGUCUAUCCUCGAAACUUUCAAUGCGACACGAUCGUCUUUCGCAACUCGAAUACGAUCACGAUUGAUGGGAGGGCUGUUGGAGAUAGAGAGGAGGGAGGGAGGGGGGUUAAAGGAAAGAAAGAGACAGAGAAAACAUCGAUUUCUUUUUAUUUCUUACGUUUCCUCGAAUUUUUCAUCCCUCUCGGAACGUGUUCGCUGUUAUUCAUAUUUUUUAUUUUAUCCCUGUUAUAUUUGAUCGUUUGGAACAUCCUCGAUAUCUCCGAAUCUCAUUUAGCGCUGCCAUUUGGUGCAUCUCGCUAUUAACUUGUGUUGUUUUCUCUUUCAUUUUCUUUUUUUUUUCUCCUUUAUUUUAUUUUUUUUUUUUCUUUUUUUUUUAACAUCCAUGACAGAAAGCCGUAUCAUCCGUUACACUUCGUAAAUCGAAUCGAACGAUCGCGAAUGCAUUUAAUUUUUAAGCUACUACGUCAUUUUUAUCGUUUUAUUGCAACAUUAAUCAACGGAUUAAUUAAAGUAUUAGUGCAAGGAAUACGUUUAGCAUGGAUCAUAUGUUUUUAUCUAUCGCAUAAAGAGAGAUUGUUUAAGUCGAGAAAGAAUGUAAUUGAUGAUGAAAGGUUCAGUAUUACAAUGUAAUAUCGAACUUGAAACGUAUAUUUACAAACGUUUUAAUACAAGUGCAUAACAUACAUAUACAUACACAAGUUGCAUAUACACAUCUAUCCACGUAUACGUAUUUAUAUUUACAUUGACUUAGCGGUUAUAUUGAGAUUAUAAGGAGAAA